CAGGAGUUCAUGGAACAGGGGCACCAGGGACACGAUGUGUCACCAGUCCAUGAGGCCCGCUUCCACAGGGAGGUGGGCAUCCGUAAUUCCCUAGAGCAGGCUGGGAAGGUCAAGUCCCAGUGUGAAGCUGACAUGGUGUCCAUGGACCAGUUGAGGGCCCGGACGGGCUCCGACGGCACCGAGCUAAGACGCCGUGUGCGCGGGGGCUUCCUGUCUCUCCGUAAUGUCCUGCUAGACCAGAAGGCAUUGCUGCUCUCCCACCUGGACAACCUGACCUCCAGCACCUGCAGCGGAGCCAUUGACUUCCUCCAGACCUCUGCCCCACUCCUGGGGUCCCUGACUGGGCUGGAGACGAUCUCUGAACAGGCCCUCCUGGAGCCCAACACCGUGGCCUUCCUGACCGGGGCCAUGGCUCUGACCCAGUGGCUGCAGAGGGUCAACGGGGACAUUCAUCGCCCUGCCCUGACUCUCCAGGAGGGGGAGCCCUUCAAGGGGGUGAAGAUGGACUUUGAUGCCCUCUUUAGGGACCUGCAGGGGACCCACCUCCACUGGAAGAGCCCCAAAGUGGCUGCAGUGGUUGCCAUGGCGACCGGCAUGGAGGCAGCCGUUUUGGAGGGGUGCUGCGAGGUGUUGCAGCUGCCAUCAUGGCCAGGGACCCCCACCACACCCUGGUGGACUCACCCCGAAGCCCCCGGACCCCCAGGAGCCACAGGAAGCUGGUGAUGGAGGAACAGCUGGGCCUGUCAGCUGGGGACUGCAGCGAUAAGGAACGCCAUCUGCUGCCCAGGCCCCCCCCAUCAUCUACCAGCACAUCGUCAGUGGAGCCACUGUGGAGAUCUUCUGGAUGCUGCCCAUGGGCGAGGAGGUGGAGACCUUUGACAUUCACUUCCAGGAUGCGGUUAUCUUGGGGAUGGCCAUGGAGGAAGGGAAGGGAGUGGUCCUGGUGGGGCUGAAGACCUGCAACCUGCAGACGGCCGGGCUCUGCCUAAACACACACACACUACCUGUUCCGGGCACGCUCUGUCAACAGCCACGGGGCCGCUUGUGGAGCUCCUCCUACAGAGUGAACACCGAGUGCCAGGGAGAUGAGGCCAAGGCAGCCGUGACACAGGAAAUCUAACUCUUACAACACGAAAUAAAGAUCCUACACAU